AGGCACUUUACGACAAGGUGUAUUCAGUAUAGACUACUAAAUCUACAUACAUAAACACUACCUUUGAACAAAUCCGCUGUGCGAGAUAAACGCAAUUAAUCAAUCAACAUGUUAUCGGUGAAUCCUUUGAUCGAUGUUUGUUUUUGUAACUCAGCUGAUAAUUCCUCUUGCUGCAGUUCCAUGCGCAUAUUACAAACCAUGUAAUACAUUUGCCACAUCAGACCUCAAUUUAUAACUUUGGGCAUUUACUCAAAAGCUGAGAAAUGCUAAAUAGGAACCUUUAUCGGAUAAUCUGCCUGGUGUUACCACUAAUUAUACCUGUUAUAAAUUCAUUAACUGACCAUCAAGUGAAUGGUGACAAAUAAACAGGUGUAGGUUUAUACCACCAAACAUGGAUUACAUCAAGGGAGCUGUAUUACAUACAAUUUUAAUUGCCUAAAAAGUUAGGGGACAACGCUAUUUUCAGGAUACGAAUGGAGUUUUCAGAUUUUUCUAGCAAUGGCAAAGUGGGAUUGAUUUAGGUUACAGAUUCAAAUGUGUGUUGUUUAUAUCAUAGACCAAUAUACAUCACAUUGUUACAUUACAUGAAUACAUAUCGAGGUAAAAAGACAUAAAUAAGAUCGAAUUGGAUCAGUCAUGCCAUCCACGGAUCGGAAAAUCUGGGAUAUUUUAUUACAAUCAGACAAACACUACCGUAAUAUUUCAAAACGGCAUCUAAUGGGCAUCCACCGUUCUUAUUGUCCCAUUGUUGAGGUUGAAAAAAAAUCUUCCAAAAUGGACAGCUGGCCAGUUCCCAUGACCAUCACUGUCGAGGGAGCACGGACCCGCUACCUGGCGUAAUUAGAUUGUUUGCGCGAAACAUUAAUCGCUCUGGAUCAGUGCCCCUUUAAGUCGUUAGCUGUUGCAGCCAUACCCAACUACCCUGUAAAUAAAACGAGACCUCGUUUUCAACUGUGCAGCAGCGUAAUAAUACGAGGACUCUUUUACAUUUGUCAGUGUGUUUGCAGCAAGUAAACAUGCCCAGCGAUAUGAGUGCCGCACUACCGAUCAACGAUGCAUGCAAGAUAUGUUAAAAUGUGAUCCGUCUUCGUGAUUCUUUGGAAAUGCUGUUCGCUGAGAGGAAAGGCAUUUGGAUGAUAGGAAACCAGACCGAAUCAUAGCAAGUGGACAUCAUUAUCACCAUCCUCACCACGGGUCAAACUAGAAGUUUGUUUAUAAAGGGAAAGAUCACCUUUGGAGCCAUAGCCUUUUUGGGGUGGACCAUUACCUCGUUCCUGUGCCAUCAGUUUGCUAGGCUCUUCUUGAAAACAUCAAACACUGUCCUGGAUUGUGGGAUCCUGUGGGCGAUCAUCAUUACGCUAUGUCAGGUUACAAUGUGCUGCCUACUUACUGAACUAUAUCUCUGUGGAUCACACUCUUCAAAGGCACAGAAAACCUUAUGGGUGAAGGUCAUCUGUCACGGUCUUGCUACUCUGGCAACAAACUACAGUAUGACGUUAGUGCAUGCGUCAUCUACCUUCGCCAUAAAGCUCCUGGAACCAGUAACAAGCGCAAUAAUUCAGUGCCUUGUCUUAGGCAAGACCCUUCCAGCGUCUUCAUAUUUCAGCCUUCCAGUCAUCAUAAGCGGCGCUGUGGGUUUCUGUGGAACGUCUCUGAACACCACAAUGUCUUUUGCUGGCAUUGCAAUGGCCCUCUUAUCUAAUUUAAUCCUUGGAUUCAGAAACGUGGCCAUCAAACUGGAACAAGGGGAUCCUUCAUCUAAAACAGUUCAGCUGAGACGAAAGGGUGUAGUCCUCAUCAUUACAGGUGUUUGUCUGUUCCUGGCUGUUGUCUUUGAACUCAUUAGUUCUCGAAACCUAGUUUCAACAUCUAUCUCCUUCCUGGUUAGAACAGCAUUGUUGUCUAGUUUCCUUCAUGUCGUCUACUCCUACAUUUCCACCAACGUCGUGCUGCUCUACAUGUCAGUGGUCAGUCACUCUGUCGCCAACAUAUUCAAAAGGGUCCUCGUUGUGUUGUUGCUUUACUCAGUUGGGAAGAGGGAAGCUAUGGGGACUAAUUUCUUUUGGCUUGCCAUCUGUACCUUUGGCUUAAUUAUGUAUGUUGUGAGCAAGAAAGCAGGACACGGAUCAGUCUUCAUUAUGUCUUCAUCAGUUUCUGCUGGAUUUCGUUUCUUGGGAAUAUGUCUCCUCGGCAUUUGCUUCGUCGGCGUGAGUCAUAACUACGUGAGAAUAAACCACAACGUCGCCGAUGAAUAUGGACAUGUCACACGCAGUGUCUUAAGAGAUGAUACUCGGGAGUUCUACGGAAAAUCUUUUAAGGGAAUUUCAUUCUCGAGCUACAUUCGAGAUUUUUCCUUAGACUUUGCUGUGCCCAAUGACAAAGCAAAUGUUGACAAAUUCCUCAACACUAAACUGAUAAAGACACCGACAGAAACUGAUAUUCUUUCCCCAAAGCUGACAACAUCCAUUGACAUUAUCAAGGAGGCACAGCGCAUUCAGUUUAAUUUAUUUUCUGAUAUACUAUCUCCCUACAAAUAUGCAAUUCUUUUAGAUAUUGCUGCUUUCGAAAAUAAAGGGGAUCCUGCUAUAACAACUGGGGAAGUGUAUCUCUUAAGACGUCUUGGUAUAAAGAUUGUGUAUUAUUGCAGUACUUACAGGUGUACCAACAAGACACUCGACAGAAUCCAAACCCUGGCAACAAACUACUCCCACAAGGACCUUAUUGUUUUACUCCAUGGUGGUGGGAAUUUGGUGGGAUAUCCUACACAUGAUAUACUUCGUGAUGAUUUUUUCAAACGUUUUUCCAACUUUCAAAUGAUGUUAUUCCCUCAAAGUGUAUUUUUAAAGAAAGAUUUGAAAAAGCAUUUUCUGUUCUGCCAAGAAUUAUACCAGAAGAAAGACAAUUUUACCAUGAUAUUGCGAGACAGACAAUCAUUAGCAUAUGCAGAACGUUACUUUAAAGGUAAACCAAAUCUAAUGAUGGCUCCUGACAUGGCAUUUCAGAUUGGUGCUGUUCCAAGAUUUAUCUCCCCUUCGUUUGACAUUCUAUGGCUAAAACGAGAGGACGUGGAAUCACCUAGAUAUACAUUGCCCCUUAUACCACCUGACAUUACAGUACUGUGUUCAGACUGGAUAAAAUGGUAUACGCCGAAAGGUAAAAAAACGAUGGAAACUGCCGUCUUGAUGGCUAACAAUGGGUUGAUAUUUCUCCAACGUGGCCGCGUUGUCAUCACGGACAGACUACACGGUCAUAUUCUCAGUACCUUAUUGGACAUUCCUCACGUGUUGAUCGACAACGAAUACGCAAAAUUGUCGGCAUACCAUAAUACGUGGACGCGUAGUCUGGCUAACACGGUGGUCGCAGAGAACGCCACCCAUGCCCUUGAACUAGCUGUGCAACUUUUACACAAACAUAAUGACGUUUUGCCCCCAAUUGCUCCAUACAUGAACGUCCCAGGCGAAUAAAAUGGAUGUCAGGUA